CUAAAAACAAUGCACGCUGCAAUAAAAAGUGGAUGAGUAACUCCAAUGGACAAACAAUAGGUGAAGAGAUGUCACAGAUGCUGCAGUGAGGCUGGAGGAGAACACGGGGGAAAGAGACAACAAAAGAAUGAGGUGAUUGCGAAAUGUGAAAACAGGGCAGGAGCAAAGGAUGACCCAGUCACUCUCUUUGACCAGUUCUCAUAGGGCUGUUCUUCUCUGGCCGGUAGAAGGUUGGAUGAAUACGUUAUCUGUUCCACAAGUUUUUAAGUGAUCUCCUUAAACCUCACCAGAGAGGAAAAGUGGGUGGAGGAGGAAAAGGGGAGAAGGGGUCACUGAGAAGGAAGGGGAGAAAGAAGCAACAGGAAGACAAACGGCAGCGUGAAAAGAACCAGACGAAAGCAGAAUACAGUGGAACUUUUACUGCAUUACUGCUUCUAAUUCAUCACAGUUAUAGUGGCGUGGUCCAGCAGUUGCAAGGAUGUGGAUGGAUACUAAAACAGAGGUGGAGGAGGCCAGCAGGAUCCGUGCCAGCCUCAGUCAGCGUGUCUUGAACAGUCUGCUGUUGUGUACUGGGGACAUGAGCCACUUGGAUAAAUACAUGCAAGACAAGUUGUUUGUGCUGCAGCUGGUGGUGUGGGGACUGAGAGCGGUGACCAGGGUGAUUCUAGCCAACAACCCGCUGAGUGGUGUUCUCAUCUUGACUGCUCUGUAUUGGGCCUCCCCUUGGCAGGGCCUUCUGGGAACUCUGGGUGUACUGGCCUCCACGCUAACAGCUGUUAUCAUAGGGCAAGACAGUGCUGAGGUGUCAGGAGGUCUCCAUGGUUUUAAUGGCAUGUUGGUGUCUCUGCUGAUGGGAGCGUUCAGCUCGGCUGGAGACUGGUACUGGUGGCUGCUACUGCCUGUCUGUUUGGGAUCAGCAACAUGUGUCUUUCUGUUCAGUGCUCUCUCCUCAGUGUUGGAUCGCUGGGACUUACCUGUCUCUGUGUUUCCGUUCAACAUCAUUAUUGUCCUCUACCUCCUUUGUACCCACCCAGACAACCCCUAUUUCCCGCACUACACGGCCACGCCAGCGGGGGCGCUGGAGCCAAAUGGCACCAAGCUCAUUGCAGUUGAGGUAAUGCGUGGCAUCGUUCUCGGUGUGGGCCAGAUCUAUGCCUGUGAAGCUUUCGGGCCUUCCCUCCUCAUCCUGGGAGCUGUUCUGCUCUACUCCCCCCUGCUGGCCCUCCAUGCUCUGCUGGGAUCAGCAGUUGGAGCUUUGGCCGGUUUAUCGGUGGCAGUGCGUCAUGAUUCUCUGUACUCAGGUCUGUUGGGUUUUAAUGGAGCUUUGGGCUGCAUGCCUGUUGGAGGCCUCUUCUUCACCUUCAGCUGGAGGACUCACCUCUUUGCCAUCGCCAGCGCCUUCCUCUCUGCAUAUGCUGACAUCGCUCUGAGCAAUCUGCUGGGAACUGUUGGUCUCCCAGCAUGCAGUUGGGCAGCUACUCUCACAGCUACACUGAUGUUACUGCUCACUGGCAGUUUAGCAGCGUAUCGCAUUCCUAUUGGUCAAGUAAAGGCCCCUGAACACAACCUGCGCUCACGCAGCCAAUGGGAAGCUGGGAACAAUACAGAAAGGGAGAGCACGGAUGUGUAACACUAGGACACACACACACACACAUACAGUACUGUAUCAGUACCUGUGAGUUGGGUAACAUACAUACAUUUUUAAUAUAAACAUUUUAUAAAUAGAUUCUAAGGUGUACACUACUAUUUUGUAGACUUCAAAAGGGCUGUAAAAAAUAGAAUCUGAAACCCGCAAUUUGUCCACAAGGUGGCAAUGUAUGUACAACUUCAAAAGUGUCUAUGAUGUAUCACAAACUUAAGACUUGUAACAAACUUGUACUUAUAAGCCUCUAUAUUCAACCCCAAGCAUUUCUAUUAAAAGUAUAAAAAUGUCAAGCAAGUUCUGUCCAUUGUUUUGUCACCUGCGUUAUUCCAGUGCCUCUGACAUGUAAAGAAAAAAAAAAACAACAAAGAAACAGCCCAUUUAAAGGGAAAGAAAAUGUCUUUUAAUAAGCAGAAACAAGUCAAUUCAAUAAAAUCGUUUGUAGUUAAAAUGACAGUUUAACUGUUAUCGUCAAUAAAAACACAGACUGAAUU